UUCUCCUCCCACUCUCAAAAACCCCUUAAACUCUCUCACUCCAUCAGAGAUGGAGAGAACCCUAGAUUCCACCACUAAUGGUGUUGGAGGUGGAAGUCCAUCACCAUCUAGACUCUCUUCGUUCAAGAUACCUCCUCUUGUUCAACCUGAUUACAGCUCCAGACCUGUUCAGGAAGCGUUGGAACACUUGGCGACAAUUGAUCUUAUAGAGUUGUCUAACGAAGCAAAAGUUGAGCGUUGCCGGGCAACCAGAGAUUUGAGAAGUUGUGGACGCUAUGUGCGGCAUGUUCUAAAUUCAUGUGGUCAUGCCUCGUUAUGCUCCGAGUGUAGUCAACGAUGUGAUGUCUGCCCCAUAUGUAGAACUUCAAUACCGAAGACAGAAAACCUUCUCCGUGUUCGUCUUUUUUAUGAGUGUAUUGAAGCUGGACUUAUCUCAAAAAGAUUUGAUGACAGAUUUCAAGAGAAAGAAGACGGGGAGAAGGAGUUAACUACUGAUGUCCAACGUCUUUAUUGCCUCUUCGAUGUUGCAAUGGAAAAUAACCUGGUGUCUUUGAUUUGCCAUUAUGUUACAGAUGUUUGUAUGGAUGAAAGUGCUGUUUCCAGUGAUCCUGUCAUUGCUUUCCUUGUGGAUGAAGUUGCUGUCAAGGAUUGGUGCAAGCGGACUUUUGGAAACAUUAUCAGUAAUCUUCAGGCGAUUUAUACGCUACAAGUAGAAGAAAUGAAAAAAAAGUUGCCACUACUUUCGAAGUUUUUAUCGCAGCUUACUGGUAUUUCCAAUGUAAUUGAGGUUUUGGAGUCUUCGAUAAAGGGAACCCUUUAUGCCCAACAAGACUUGCACAACCUUCAAGAGAAUGUAUUAAAGGCUAAACAGCAUUUAGAGAUUAUUAAGUGGUCGAUAAAGCGUCAGUUUUUGGAAAAUGUUAGGUCACGACAUAUUAAUUACAGUUCAUGGCGUUCACGCUUCCGUGAUAGGAAGUCUGCUGCAAUUACUCGUGCGUGGCCUGAGUUUAAAAGCAAUUCUGCUGAAUAUGCCAAACAGGAUUCUGCUACACUUUUCAUAGAAGAUGCAUUAUCAAAUCUAGGGAUAGAACAAGAAACGAGUAAGGAGCUGGAAGUUCUAUCGUUGGUGAAGAAUGGGAGUUCAUCAUCAUUUAUUAGGUCUAAUAUAGAGGGGUUUGAAGGAUGUUAUCCAUUUGAAACUUUAAGAGAUGCGGCGGAUGUUCUCUUUUUAUGUGGAAGCUCUGAUGUGGUUGUUGCAAAGCGAGCAAUUUUUUUGUACUACUUGUUUGAUAGGCAUUGGACGAAGCCUGAUAAAGAAUGGCGACAUAUAAUAGAUGAUUUUGCAGCUUCAUUUGGUAUAACCAGGGAUUUGAUGCUCGAGUCUUUGACAUUCUAUUUGCUAGAUGACAACACAGAUCAGGCACUACAGGAAGCAUGCAAACUUCUCCCAGAAAUUGCAGGCCCAAAUACGCAUCCAAAGAUUGCACAAGUCAUGUUAGAAAGACAGAACCCUGAUGGUGCUUUGAUGGUUCUACGGUGGUCGGGUCGUGAUGGUGGUGCUCAACUGGUUUCUCUUCGAGAGACAGUGAUUGCUGUUAGAGUUAGAGUCGAGUGUGGGCUGCUGACAGAAGCAUUUAUGUAUCAGAGGACACACUGCCUGAGGGUGAAGGAAGAGAAAGUUAAGCGUGGAACUUCCAGCCAGGCCCUUUUAAAUGACGUAAAAGUCAAAGAAGACACUUGGUUGGACCAAAUGGAUUCUUUGAUUACUGAAAUCUGUUGCCUGUGUAUUCGGAGAAAUUUGAUAGAUAAAAUGAUAGAGUUGCCAUGGAAUUCUGACGAGGAGAAAUGUAUCCACAAGUGUCUCCUUGAGUACGCUACUGAAUAUCCGGAAUCCACUUCUGGAAGCCUUCUUGUUGUGUAUUAUCUUCAGCGCUUUAGAUAUAUUGAGGCAUACCAAGUCGAUCAGAAACUUCAGAGCCUAGAGCAGGACAUAAUCUCCAAGGCUUCUAAUGGUGAAGAAGCUGUGUCCAAAAUAAGGUCAAUAAGUCAGUGGAGGGCAGGAUUGGUUGAUAAAUGCAUCGACUUACUACCUGAUGUGCAGCAACAACAAGUCAAGUUAGGGAAUUUUCCUGAUUUUGGGGUUUUUUCUUCUUCGAAGGAAGAUGGGUCCAAAUCUGAUAUGUCUGAGGAGCAACCACCAAAUUCAAGUUUAUUGCAUCCCUUUCCUAGUGACUCGUCUGUUCUGCUAGGGUUGAGUUCCGCUAAGAAAGGUUCAGCAUUUGAUACUCCGGCUAAACCUACUGGGUCUAUAAUCAAUUCUCACAUUGACCUUAGCAACUACCGUUCUCCAUCUAUUGUCAAAGGGAGGUUUCUUACCCCUGUUGGAGGCUCGUCUAAUUCUCACAGCAAGGGCAGCCUGUUCUCAAAGCAUGCCUCUGCAAGCAGAGAAGUCAAGUAUCCAAGCGGAAUCAAGUCAACCUUCAAACUAGAUGACAUCUCAACCCCAGGAACUAUUUAUCUUACUCCUGAUAGCAGUACACCGCUUAAAGAAGCGAAUAGAAUUUCACCAAUGGUACACGCAGUCGAAUACACACGUCCUUCGUAUCUCCACAGUAUACCAGAGCCUCUGAUCAGCACACCCAUCAAUAACCAUGGGUUUUUAAGAGACACGCUUCAAGAUUCGAGUUCAACUGGAUCUGGUAAGCGGGUCUCUUCAGAGAGGCCAUGGAUGUCAGCUGCAAGAGAUGAGUCGAUGGAUUUCACUUGGAGCCAAGCAAAGAAAAAUUCUCCUGUUAAGGAUUUAAAAGGGAUUGUUGGGUCUAGAUGGAGGUCCGACGAAGACAAUGAGGAUGAACAGCCGAGUGCCGAGAAGAUUAUCAGCAGAGGUUUGGCAUCGAUCCCGUUGAGAAGAGAAAGAAGAUGCAGGUCUACUAGAAUAUAACGAUCUUCUGUACAAUCGCCUGACAUGAGUAUACAACAAAUGUAAUUGCAGAGAAAAUAAGGACAGGAACUUGGAUCUCUAUAGCUGUUUUGUAAUGGGCUAUUUACUAAUGCAGACAUGUUUUAUUCGAGAAGCGAUCUUUUGGAGAGUUUGAAGCUAGAGCAGUAAAUAUAUAAGUCGGCUUUUAUUCUUGAAGUAGAGUUCUGUUACAGUUACAAGUCAGUUUAAGAAUGUAAUUUUCCCCUUCCUCUUCCCUUUAAGACUUGUUUUGAUAGGUUCUGUAGCAUAAAUGAUUUUUUGUUUGGGGCAGCAGUACUCUGUAAUUUUCCCCAUCCAAAAUGAGAAAUCUUUUGUUACAAUUGGUUUUAAGGUCACAACAGAUGAUUUUUGUUGCA